AUGGCGUGGCUCAAUUCCCCUGCAGUACAGUUGGGUUUUUCACUGAUCUUCCUCUGGAUCAUAUACAGAUUUCUGACAAAAAAGAAGAGCAAGAAAAACAAUGGAAAGUUGGGAUUGCCACAAGGGCCACGGCCAUCGCCACUGAUAGGCGAUCUCCAUCUGUUGGGAAGCCUUCCUCAUAAGUCCCUGGCAGAGAUGGCUAACAAGUACGGGCUCAUCAUGUUCCUACGCCUGGGCUCGGUACUCACGGUUGUGGCUUCUUCUCCUGCCAUGGCCAAAGAAUUUCUGAAAACCCACGAUUUGAUCUUCGCCAACAGGCCACCUUCAUCGGCAGCCAGGUACAUGGCCUACGAGAGCAGAGACGUGGUGCUAGGCUCUUAUGGAGAGUACUGGCGGCAGAUGAAAAAGCUGUGCACAAUCGAAUUACUGACGGCCAAGGGAACGGAGUCAUUCAGGUGGGUAAGAGAGGAAGAGGUGUCUGCCACUGUGAGAUCUGUGUGGGAGGAGAGCGUGAAGGGCAUCCGCUACAUCGAACUGCGGAAGCCCAUCUUCUCCCUCUCACUCAACAUAGUGUGCAGAAUGUUUGCAGGAAAAAAUUUACCCCGACCAUCAUCUGAGCGGAGGGCAGAGGUUUUUACAGAUGGUGGGUGA